AUCUCACCCACUUUGAUAUUUCCAGCCUUUAUCUCUCCUCAUUCACAACCCCCUCUCUACAAAAACAGCAAGCAAUUAGACAAAAAUGUUUGGCGGCGUUUUCGGUGGCAACAGUCAGAAGCCUGCUCCGGCUGCUCCGGCAAGCCCCAUGGGCGGCAUGGGCGGAAUGGGCGGUGCGCCCGGCGGACAAAUGGAUCCCAACGCACAGCUGGCGGCAGCCGAGCAGGAAAUGGAAAUGGUCACAGACAUGUUUGCGCGGCUGGGCGAGCUGUGCUACCAAAAGUGCCUCCUGCAGCGCUACAGCGACGAGGAGCUGACAAAGGCCGAGUCCGUGUGCACUGACCGCUGCGUAGCAAAGUACUUCCAGGUCAACCGUGAGGUCAGCGAGAAGCUGGCCAAGUACUCGCAGGCUAACCAGCAAUAAGACUUGUUUCUUGAGCCGGGAAUAAAACAUAUAAAAACUCUUAUUUUUUGCCCCGCGCUUCCUGCCUAAUGUACGGCGUCACCUCUAUGGUGUUGAACGGCUGCGGCAGGCCGUCGACGAUCUGUAGCCGCUCGUUCAGCGCCUGGUUGGCAUCGUCGUAGUGCUGGUACGAGACAAACACCAUGCCCGAUCGGUCGUGGGUCACCGGAUCCUUCAUAAACCGGAAGUUUGUGACCGAGCCGUACUUCUUCAUGUGGUUAAGCAGCACUAGCGACUGCUGCAUGCUUGUCACCCCGGCGACGUUGUGCUUGACCACCAGGUCCCGAACCAAUUGGAAUGCCUUCA